GAGGAGUAGUAGUCGCCAGCAUCCUGUGACGGGGAGAACAUUAUUCGGUGCCUUAUUAGAUCGUUCUUGUGUCGGAUAUAAUUUCAGUUAUACCAGUUUGUUGUUUUUUUUUUCUCUGUGCUGAGGUCAGAUUGCCCUUUGACCUGGUGGGGAAACCUUGACUUCUGUUUCCUCCCCCAACUUCUGUUUCGACCUUGAUUAUCUUCAGCUUUACUCUCUCUCUCUCUCUCUCUCUCUCUCUCUCUCUCUCUCUCUCUCUCUUUCAUUUGCAAAAUCGUUUUGUUUUUUUGCGUCUAGUUUCUUUGCCUCCGUCUUCGAUUCGUCAUCAGAUUUCUUUGUGGCGUUAUUUAUUCUUUUAUACGAAGAAGACUAUUUUUUUGCGGGGAGGAGUCUAACAAAGCAGCUUAAAUAGAUCUCCUUCUUUCUCUUUGUUUCGUUUCGUUGUUUUUUAACAUACUCUUGUUUUUUUUAUCUGUUCUUCCAUAACAUACUCUUGUUUUUUUCUUUUUAAUUGUCCAUCCAUAACAUACUCUUGUUUUUUGUUUUUAUAACUGUCCUUCCAUAACAAACUCUUGUUUUUUUUAUCAGUUCUUCAAUAACAUACCCCUGUUUUUUUUUAAACUAUCCUUCCAUGACAUAAUCUAGUCUUUUUUAUUUGUCUUUCCAUAACUUACUAGAUCUAGUUUUCUUUCCCUUUUUUUAACUGUCCUUCUCUGUCAUAAAGUCUUCUGAGACCACAACUCCUCCAAACUAAUUAUUAGGAGAUUAUCGAGCGGUGUCGAUUCCUUCCCCACUGUGACGAAGAAAAAAAAACAAAGAAUAAUUAUCCUCAAACCUAACUGGGUAGUUAAGGAUACAUAUAUAUAUAUAUAGAAGAAGGAUAUGCCUUCCGCCUGACAGAAAGACCGGAGUAUCCUGCGAGAGUACAAGCUACCACGACGCGUUACGGAGUAUUUUUAAGAUAUUGUCGAUUUCGACGUUACAGUAUAUUAAAUCCACAGCCCUGUAUUCGAACCACACUGGAAACGAACCCCUGCUGGAACCGAGGGAGAUGUGUGGAAUCCAGCAGUUUAUCUGUGGCACAUAAAUUAACACUUUGAGAUACUGACGUCGACGGGACUUUGGAAUUAUGGGAACUCUAUGGAGGUUAUCAGCCUUCUCUUCUUCACUGUUAAUACUGCUGACAUGUUCCUCUGUGCCAAAGGCCACUGCCAUCAGAGGGCGGGGCUUUGCCCCGGAGAUCCUAACCCCCCAGGACUCCAUCGUGGUCGAGGCUGGAGGGACACUCAACUUGACGUGUCGAGAUACCCAACGGAUCGUGUGGGUAGCUAUGAAGGAUUCGCUCAUCUAUGAGAACUACGAGGAGACGUACGACGAAGGACACAUAAGGCCUCACGUGACGAAUCUUGUCAUCAACAACGUCAACUACACCAACGUUGGAUAUUACUACUGCGUUCACAACACAACCCAGAACAAGGACAAGUCCGUGUUUUCACCAAAUGACUACAACGUGACUGGUGUCUAUGUUUACGUCAAAGACCUCAACCAUUUGCUGGCCACGGAAGCUGAGACCUUGAUGUAUCGUCCAGAAGUCGGGAAGAACUUCACCUUCCCUUGCAAACCAUCCUUUCCUGAGGUCAACGUGACCUUGGAUAAGAGUCAAGGCAGAUUUGUAAAUCCAUCGUACGACCCCCGCGCGGGAUUCUUUUUCGGGAAGCCUUCUAUCAAGAUACAUUCCGGGGAUUACUUCUGCGAGGCGAGCUUUAGCGACAGACAGGAGAAUGUGUUCGCCGCUGUCAUGGUGGUCCCCGCCCAUCCGAAAGUCCUGAAGGAGCCCAAUGUGACAGUCACCAACUUCUGGCAGAGGAACGCCAUCAAGGAGCACCAGGAAAGUGUCGAAUACUUCAUCGUCGAGGAAGGAUCCACGGUGAAUCUGACCUGCAGAUACGAACAUGACCCACUGAUGAACAGCAGGUCACUCCUUUGGAGUUACUCUGACACAGUCAGAAACGAGAGUGCAAGCAUUCGACUCUACCGCAAGACAGUGCCCGACAGGGAAUCAAAAGAACUCUGGUCAUCAGCAGCGCUGAUCCUAAUGUACACUCCGGGGAGUACACUUGUACAGUUCGGAACAGCAGGGAAUCUAGACCUGUUUCCAGGAGCCUGGUUCUUGAUGUACUGCGGACUAAGACACAUGGUAUGCCCUUUGGGGUUCAACUCCAUUCAUAAAAUAGGCUUUCCUUUGGUGGCAGCUCUCAACUCCUACAGUGUAAGUCUGUGCUGUUGGAGGAUGACACUGACACAGAGAUCAGGACCAGAUGAAGACCUCACGUUACGCAUCAUGUACACUGCUUAUCCUCAGCCAACGUUCAUUUGGCGGAGAGGAGAGGUCUUCCUACAUAAUUAUCUUCGACCCAGUUCAUUAACGGCUGGAGUUCAUCAGAUGAAGUCUUGGCGAACUCCUCCAGCCGCAUACAGGGCAUCCACCCGCCAUAAAUUGGAAGUGGACCACGAGAAUGGGAAUCUGUUCUUGUUUCGCUUCGUGAUUCCUCUCCGUCGAAUGACAUUGGGUACUUACUCACUGGAAGCCCUGAUCUCGGAACAACGGGAACGUCCAGGCAAGGAUGAACUCUCCUUCAACGUCACAAUGCCAGGAUCAGCGAACAAGAACCUCCUGAAGAGGCGUAUCUUGGGCCAAGCUGAUAAGAGCCUCACAAAGGAUUCGGUGUUUUUGGGGAGGGCAAAGUCUCGUUCAGGGAUAUUACAGGCUGUCAACAGAAACAACACGAUCUUCAGCGAAGCCUACAUAACAGUGACUGAUCCGGACUCCUUCAACAUCAUCAUCACCAUAGGAGCCCUCUCUGGCAUUCUUGUUAUUCUCAGCGUCUUCAUUUGCAUAAAAAAUUCGCAACGACAGAAACUUGGCCUGGAUGAACAAGCAGAGCUUGCCCUACGACACCAAGUACGAAGUCACAAGGGAUUCGAUUGUUUCGAUAAGCUCCUUGGAGCUGGAGCCUUUGGACUCGUCUACCGAGCCACGGCUCUCAACCUCAUCCCAGGUCAGCCUAGAACGACCGUGGCGGUCAAAAUGAUGAAGUCUCGAACUGAUAGCUCCCAGCUGAAGGCCCUGAGGUCAGAGGUAAAGAUCUUGAUUCAUAUAGGCCGUCACGUCAACAUCGUCAACUUACUUGGGGCUUGCUCCAAGGAACUUGCUACGAAAGGCGAACUGCUACUCCUUGUGGAAUAUUGCAAGCACGGCAACAUCCUCGACUACAUGCGUCGCAGGCGAAAGGCCUUCAUAAACCAGAUCAACGAAUAUGAUAGGAUAGAUCCUUCACUCACCGACGCCGGAUACGCCCCACCAAAAACCGGACCGAAUCAGGAUCCAGGUUGGACUAGAAUCUCCAGAGGACUGAGGUAUGCCCAUCUGAGCUUCAACCAAGACAUGGUCACCUACACAGCUGAGGGUGAGAAUCCUGGCCAGUCUCUGUGGAUAGAGCCUUCCUCACCGACAGAUUCGAUUGGCCCUAAUGGCCACAUCCCAGGACCAUUCAGGGAACAGAACAGAGUCUGUUCCUCACCUCUGCCUGUCGCUUCAGAUAUGAGCACCUUUACUUUUGAGAGUAGCAACGGUGGGUCAGACAAUGGCUACAUUGGCUCCAGAGCUGUUGGUUCCAGUCCAGAGUCCCUAUGUUCAAGUGACCUCCUCUGCUGGGCUUAUCAGAUAGCCAAAGGCAUGGAAUACCUUGCCUUUAAGAAGGUUCUGCAUGGUGAUCUUGCUGCUAGGAACAUCUUGCUAACAGAUGGCAACGUUGUCAAGAUCAGUGAUUUUGGACUUGCAAAGGAUAUAUACAAGAAUGAUAACUACACGAAAAAGAGUAAGACACCACUACCAUGGAAGUGGCUGGCGGUCGAGUGCUUCCGAGAUGGUGUCUUCUCCACCCAGAGCGACAUCUGGUCGUAUGGUGUUGUUCUCUGGGAAAUCUUCAGCCUGGGGCAGAGCCCUUAUCCGGGGGUUGAGUUCGACGAGAGCUUUGUCACUAGGCUUGAGAAAGGCAUUAGACCAGAACAGCCCAAAUAUGCAACCUAUGAUCUGUAUCGUAUCAUGUUUGAGUGCUGGAAUAAUGAGCCCAUGGAAAGGCCCUCUUUCUCUAAGCUGGAAGAAACACUAGGCAUGAUGAUCGGUGAUGCAGAAAGACAGCACUAUCUGGAUCUUAACCAGGAAUAUCAGAUGGAAAACACUGCCAGUACUUUUGUGCAUUCUUUGCAGAGUCCUGAUUAUACAGCUAAGAUACGUGAAAAACAUUCCUGUCAGGAUCAAGAUGGGUAUGAAAUGCCAUUCAGUCCUAGUCCACUAGGUGCAGAAGCCUUGCCCUACAGUCUUGAAGCGACGCGAAGCCCACGCAUGACUCCUCUAGUGAUGCACUACAUGUACAAUGGUGAUAGAGUGGAUGGUUCAACAACAGAUGGCUCUGUGUAUGUUCCAAUGUCUUCUCCUACGAAGUCCAUCCAAAAUGUCUUCGACUUUGAUGAAGAAGUUGUGAGUGCCAUAACAAAACGAGAUAGUGAUAUUGAGCAGUGUAUGAGGGGCUUAUCUGAUAAAGAAUGCCACGAUGAAAAUAACUAUCUUCAUAUGGAAAGCAGCCCUAAUCCUGAUAAAUCUCCAUCAUUGACUUUGCAGGGUAACAGUAUAGUUCCCCUACGACAUAAGUUGCUUCGAACAGCAUCACAGAUGGAGAAGCAUGACAGUGGUCUGUACAGUCCAACUGCUAACAUACAGAACAAUCCUAAUUACAUGAUAAUGGACAACUUUCUCAGCACUGAUGAAAACAAUUACCUCACAAAAGAUAUUUGCAACUCGUACAAUGACAAAGGGCAUAACUAUAUUAACAUAGGUGAUGAUAAACUGAAAACUUUCCAGAAGGAAUCUGUCAGAGAUUCUACACUAAAUGGAGAGUAUGCCAACAUCCUGCCUAAUGGAAACUGCAAAAGGAGAACGAUUUCAGAAACUUCAAGUGGACUUGGUUCCAUAUCUGAGGAGAGUUCCCCUGAGUACAGAGACAAGCCAGACUCCUUGAAAUCUUCUACCAUGGAAUCUGUAAUGGAAGAGCCAAUUUGUGUUUAAAAAAAUGCAAAGUGAAGUGUGUGUUCAUUGCUCAAUAGCAAAUAAGCUAGAAAUAUAUGAAACAAAGUCGUACUUUCAAAAAGAGGUUUUCACAAGUAAAUCUUGGAAAAUAGUGUUAAGUGCUUCUUUAGAAAUACUGCCAGUUGCAUCGCUGCAAUUCGCAAUGUAUUUCAUACAAUGAAAGUAUUUUGCAUGUGAAUAACAUUACCAAAAGCACAAGCAUGUUUGAACAAAAAAGAAUGACUACCAUUUUUUGAUGAUUACAAAACCUACUUAGAAUUCUGUUCACACUAAAAUGCUGGUUACAAAUACUCAUUUGUUUUUGUUAUAUAAGAUGAAACAAUGAAUAGUGCAAACUUCUUCAAGCUGAAUAACUGGAAAAGCUCAAGCUCCAAAGUUCUGAUGUGCUUAAGUCUUCAUAGGCAAAGCAAGUGUGACUGUUCCGAGUGUAUGAACUCAACAAGAUAAUCAUGGAUUAUGCAUUAAAAACGUUAAUUGAUAAUGUCCUUUAGGCUAUAUGUUAAGUGAGAAGAGACUAUUGAUAACCGCAACAGUGUUUACAUAAGUGACAAAAACUCGUGUCUCAUGGAUGAAAUGAAUAUACAUAGCCUCAAAAGUUUAAGACUAAGAAGGUUUUAUAUUCUCCAAUCACAGUAUUAUGCUCGUCGUAAGCCUACACAAAGCCAACAGUUUAAACAGACUCCUGCAUGUACAAAUGUGUCGAGUCACAAUAACAAUCUCCUCCUAUGGAUAGUGUCGUUUAAAAUAGUGGCAGUGUGUGCAGAAUUUGUCUUCCACCUUUAUACUCUGCUGUACUAAUGUCUGUCAGUGUUCAAAGUGAAAGUUCUGUAGACUAUCUGUUAUUUCUACAUUUCUUCUGUACAAGGCUUCCAAAAAUACUAUAAUGAUCCUCAAUGCAACAAUUAACCAUCUUGACUGUCACAUGCACUGACUUCACAGCUUAAUAAGUUGCCAAGAGUACAAAUUUCAGGAUUUUUCAACAUACAAAAAUUUUAUGGGAUACUGAGGUAAAUUAGCAAAACUGGACUUGGUAGACAAGAUUUGAGCCUGAAAAGAAGCUAUAAUGUUAUCUGGUAUGAAGAGCAAAAUUUCUGAAUAGUCCUGUCUUCAGAAAUGGAAAUAGAAAGUUAACACAUUAAGAUAUGAAGAUGGCUGUGACACAUUCCUCAUGUGCCUUAUAAUAAUCGCAAAUCACUAGUUUAAAUCGGAUAAAGCUAACACAGUAACACUAACACCAAGUGGAAACUUUAUGUAAACUGGAAUAUAUUUUUACCCCUUCCAUAAAGUUUCGGUUACAAAUGACAAAUAAAACAUAUCUUAUAGGUUCACAGGAAAGCUUAUAUUUGUUAAAAGAAAAACUAUUAAAUGACAGUCAAUAGUGUUGCCUUAGCCUUAAAAUAAUAAAUUUCUCCUACGUAUAUGAUUCCUCCAUUCUUACUACUGAAUGGUAUCUAAUUUUUAUCCAAGUCUUUAGUUUUUAAGUGCUUCUUUCACUAACACUUCAAAAAUACACCCUUACUCUUUAAGUCUCUAGUUUACCUCUCAAUGCAGAUUCAAAAGUCUUUCAUGAAAGACAAUGAAAAGUACAAAUUUUAUGUUGUCCUCUUUGCAUUUACUGAUUGCAGAUACGUAUAUCCAAAUACUAUUUCAAGAUGAUUUAUUCUUGAACCUUAAUUUUUUGUUACUUUGAGUAUUCUUCACUUAGGUGUUCCUUUCAAGAAUACUGUGAAUUCUGUCGUAAAUUAUAAACUUAAGAAGAGCUACAGAGUGCUCAAUCCUAUAUGUUAUAGAGUUAUUAGCCAAUUAACAAAUGAAGGGUCUUACGAUUUUCUGGUGAUCUUUGUACUUCAAAUUAUGAUGAAAAAUUGUUGGAUUGAUGAUAUGGAAGGUCCAUGUCAGUCAGUCAGUAAAAGCUUGUGAUCUCUUUUACUUCCUGUCAUUUGUUUAUUUUACUUGUACUUAACUGGAUCAUUAUAUAGGACAAUUUUUGUUUUAGUACAAACAGUGUAAGUAAUCAUGGCAUUUUUUCUGAGUGUAUACAUACAAGGAAUUUCCAAUAAGAUGUGUCUUAAUUACAUUAAGAUAUUUUUGCCUUUGAACUUUCAACAAAAAGUACAAGAGAUAUUACCUUGAAAAUAUAUUUAGCUUCUCAUUAUUCUCAUAUGUAUUUAUACACAAACAGAAGUGUGUAUAAUAUUCUUAACAUAGUAUUACUAUGGUUCUAUAAUUACAAAUGGAAAAAUUCCAUAAUAUAUACGUACUCAGUAAAAACUCAUGAUUCCAGUUCGUGCCUACCUGGACAACUCUAUAUUCAAAGUCACCUAAGUUCAUCUACAAAUCAGAAAGAAGUUAUUUGAAAAUACAACCUUUUUAUCUGAUGUACAGAUUUCAUAAAAUGAAAAAAAACAAAAACAAAAAAACAAUGGCUGAAAAUUUGUAUGGGGUUACAUCAAACAUCACAUCACACAUUUUGGCCUUCCCAGAAAAUAUAUACAUAUAGAAAAAUUAUAAAACACUUAGAAAUUUAGUGGUGCUGAUUAAAAAAAAACGGGGGGGUGGGGUGACAGAAUACAAUACUGUUAUGUAAAGAAAGUGCUUUAAUUUUUUUUUUAACUGUAAGACUAAUUAGAGAUUGUCAGACAAAUCUGUAAGAAGUCAUUGAGUUAACCUUUCUAAAGAAAAUUGUUGGGAGUCCAGCAAUAAGUAAUCUAUAAAUUUACAUUUUUGACAACUGUUGCUCAAAUAAGCUGGUAUGACUGUAACCUAGGAAGAUGAGAAUUCUUUAUUAAUAUUUCAUGUACCUUUUAUUUUAUUUAUUUAUUUAUUUAUUUUUAUUUUUUUUUUUUUUUUUAUAAAAUACUGCCAAGCCAUCUUUCCUAUACAAAUGAGAAUUGGUUUUAAAUUUAGGGAAAUUUUAUAAGAACCAAAUAAAGAAUUAAACCAAUAAAUUUCAUAUGCAAAACAGUAAUCGUAAGGUUACAACAUUUUUUACCUUUGAUUACAUUUUAUAUGUCACCCUAGUAUGACUUAUAAUUAUCUCCAGGUUCCAUAUGACUUACAGCAAAUGAUUUCCAAAAUUGCAUUAACCCUGAUUCACAUAUAGUAUACACUAAUUAGCCAGAUAAUACUACACAUCUCUGCUGAAUUUCCUGUGGCAUCAUCUGCCCUAAGAAAUAGUCAAUAUUCCAUUGUUUUUGGGAAUAACAAAUGGUACUUUUGGGAUACUAUGUAUCCUAAUACUAAAUAAAUAUUCGAUAUCUUAGGAUUAGUUUUUUGUACAAUAUGAUUUGCUUUUAAUAAAUAUGCAAAGAUAA